UAGAUACUUUUGUUAUUGGCAAAAAUAUGUGCAAGAAAAUAAGCUCCGUAGGGGGAGGCUCUAAACAUUAAUUUAAAGGGCGGCAACUAGGAAGAACCUAUCCUGUGUUGACUUCAUUUAAGGUGGAGCUUUCUUCCACUGCUAACUUAACGUUCAACUAACUGUCAGCAGCGUACAGUCCAGAGAGAGGCACAGACUGUGAGGGGUCCAGCAUCAGAACACUAUGGCAGGAAAACCAGCUCAACCUAAUGACAACGGGGCUAGAAAAGAUUUCAUGGAACCUGAAGAUUACUUCAUGGCUGCAGCCGUUCUGUCCGCAAGGCAGAGCAGAGACCCAAGCACACAGGUUGGGGCGUGUAUUGUGAACCAGGACAAAAAGGUAGUUGGCGUUGGUUACAAUAAGAUGCCAAACGGCUGUGAAGAUCACAUGCCGUGGUCCCGCUCUAAAGGUGAAGAUGCUGCCGCCGCUGUUUGGGCUAAUGGCGGUGACCUCACCGUUGCUACUGCUGCCAGGGUUGCUGCUGCUGCUGCUGAAACUAAGCUGGACACUAAAUACAUUUAUGUGUGCCACGCAGUGCUCAACGCCAUCAUGGACAAGAACAGCGCUGAUGUGAAGGGCUGCUCCAUCUAUGUGACCCUGUUCCCCUCCAACGAGUGUGCCAAGCUGAUCAUCCAGGCUGGUAUGAAGGAAGUCGUCUAUCUUUGUGAUAAGUACAAUACUUCUCUGGAAACACAAGCCGCCAAACGGAUGUUUAAACAGGCAAAGAUACCAUUCAGGGAGUUCCUCCCCAAGGAGACUGAGGUUGUCCUUAAACUCAAGAGCGUCUGAAUGAGGCGAGGAAUGAAGAGGAUGACUUGAUAAGAUUAAAACUUGUUUCAUCAAA